GUUGCCAUUUUCAAAACAAAAUAUACAAAUUAGCAGGCACUGGAAGAGCUCAAAACGGAGGCAAAUCACCGACCAAACACACGGUAAAAUGAGUGCAGGAGGUGCAUUUGGUGGGAAUAGAGGGCUAAGACCAGUGCCACCUGAGAAAGGCAUCUUCCCGUUGGAUCAUUUGCACGAAUGUGACUCGGAGAAGAAAGAGUACCUUAGUUGCCUUAAAACUUCUGGCCACAAAUCCGAAAAAUGUAGACAUUUGUCCAAGAAAUACUUGCAGUGUCGAAUGGAAAAGAACUUGAUGGCGAAACAGGACUUGUCGGAACUUGGAUUUGGGAAGCCAUCGGGGAUGGAAGCUUCUCUCGGAGAUUAAUUGUCAGAAAAAUGAUGGAUUGAUACUCAAUUUCUUGACAUGUUUUUCUUCUUCUUCUUUGCUCAUAGGAAU